AGUAAGAGCACUCAGCCAUUGUUCCAUGAAGAUUGUCGUCAGAAAUAAAAUUAUCUUUGGCUUGGGUAAAAAAUACUUUAGGAUAUAAAUAUGGUCAAUCUACCAUCAAGGGCUCAGAUCACUUUUACCAAGCAAUUGAUUCAUAAAUUAUCCAAAAAGACCCAAAUAAGUAGUAACUAAACCAGGAUGGCUAAUAUUCGAGUGGUUUUGGUCCUGCCAAUUCUCAGCGUUAUUUUGGCUUCGAUCGGGUUAGUAAAUGGCUACGGUUUUCGAUAUCGAUACAACCCAGUGACCCAAGACACUCAGCUAUGGACCCACUUGCCUGGCAUGCAAGAUCCCACGGUUUACGACAACAAUCACCUUGUUCAAGGGCCUCCAACUGCAUAUGAGAAUCCAGGACUCUUCAAAUUUUAUGGUGUUAAUGGACGCCUCCGUUGGAAAUGCAAAAUUGGAGCAUUCUAUUCCGAAUUUUUCCAAAAAUGCGUUUGGCAACCUGGCCAUUAUUUUGCAAAAACUGGUUGAAAUUAUUAACCCUAUUUCAUAAACUUUGAUUCUAAUUACAUAUAACCAACUUUAAAAUGAAAUAAAAUCGUAAUUGUGUUUCUGAUGUUCUGAGAAACGGUUUACUAAAAAAA